CCGAUCGAAUCCUCCAUCGAACCAGCAACAGUCGCUCGCUUCUUCCUUCGAUUCUUCGUUGGAUAAUUCUUAUUUUUUAACAAACUCAGCAUAGGUUUCUUUUCUCUUUCGAUAAUUCAUCAACUUACUCAUCUUUCGAGUCCUAUUAGUCGAUAAUCAUCUUAACCGCACCAACCAAAUAGAGAAAGUUGUCGUUGUAUUGUCUUAGACGAACCAAUCCACUACUACUACUACCACCACCAAAAAACCACCGACCUACUUGAAUUGACGAUACCGAAUAAAUCGGACAUUAGAACGAUACAUACAUCGGAGCAUUCCCUUCCAAAGAUAUACGACUUCCAUAUUGGCGACGUACAUAAUCUAAAAGAUUGGAAAUAUCGUAUCCAUUCAUUACCGAGAAAGAAUCCUACGGAUGACUAUCGCCGUCGACCUCCUUCGUUUUCGUUGACCCCUCGGCCGCGCUUCGACGCUGGCUCGUCACGAACAAUAUUGCGCUAUUUCCGGCAAUUUAAGUUGCCUAUGUUCGCACAAUGGCGAGUUUCUUGAACAAAUUUAAGACGGGUACUGCGACCACCUCGAACUCGACCACCAAAGAUGCGCAAAAGAAGAAAGAAGAGGCUUUGCCGGAGGUCACCCCUCUAGAAAAGAUGCUCCAGAAUGCCGGCGCACUUCGGCAAGAUGGAAGCGACAAAUUCUUUGGUAUGGAGAAUUUCGGUAACACUUGCUAUUGUAACUCGAUCGUCCAAGCCCUCUAUUAUACCGUACCGUUUCGAGAACAAGUCCUCAAAUUUCCCUCAUUGUCCCCGCCAGAUACACCGAACGGCAAUCGGCCUAGAGUAAACGUCCAGAUUAGAGCACCGGUCACAAACGGAAGCGCACAUGGGGGCGCGAAUGGGAACAAGAAAGCUCUUAGCGCAGCCGAUGCGAUGGAGAGGAGAAAACAGAUCAACUCGGGACAACCUCAACCCGUCCGACCGGAAGACAAACCAGAUACUCCAGAAUACAAGAAGAAACAGGCAAUGUUGAAGGGCCCCAUAUUAGAGUUGACGCAAGAAAGCAACGAGACUUUCGGUAUGGAUGAGUGCACAUUUACUGGUCUCAGAGAUAUUUUCAUGGCUCUCGUCGAUAGUACGGUUCGCACGGGAGUCCUUAGUCCGCAACGCUUCCUUGAGAUUUUCAAGCGCGAUAACGAAAUGUUCCGCAAUUCAAUGCACCAAGACGCACACGAAUUCUACGGCCUCGUAUUAAACGACAUAAUAUCGAAUGUCGAAAGUACAGCUAAACGAUUGCUAAACGGGCACGCGGCUCGUAACGGAGCGGAUGUUGAAGAGUCGCUCAAAACGGCCUUAGGAGCGAUCGCUAAGACCACGAAUGGCACCAAUUCCCCUGGGACUGGUUGGGUACACGAUAUUUUUGAGGGCGUGUUAACCUCAGAGACAAAAUGCCUCACUUGCGAGACGGCUUCUCAGCGCGAUGAGACGUUCCUGGACCUAUCAAUUGACUUAGAAGAACAUACUUCGGUGACUGCUUGCCUACAGAAAUUUUCGGCUGAAGAGAUGCUUUGCGAAAGGAACAAAUUCCAUUGCGACCACUGCGGAGGGUUGCAAGAAGCCGAAAAACGUAUGAAAAUCAAACGAUUGCCGAGGGUUUUAGCCUUACAUCUUAAGAGAUUUAAGUAUACGGAGGACUAUAGUCGGUUACAGAAGCUGUUUCAUCGCGUAGUAUACCCAUACCAACUAAGGAUGUUUAAUACGACCGAAGAUGCAGAAGAUCCGGAUCGAUUAUACGAACUUUACGCUGUGGUCAUCCAUAUUGGUGGCAACGCUUAUCAUGGGCAUUAUGUUUCAGUCAUCAAGACGGAAGACCGAGGUUGGCUUUUAUUCGACGACGAGAUGGUUGAGCCAGUUGACAAGCAUUAUGUUCGGAAUUUCUUUGGAGACAAACCUGGAAUGGCUUGUGCGUACGUCCUAUUCUACCAAGAGACGACGUUCGAAAAAGUGCGGGCCGAACAAGAGGCAGAGGGUCUUGAGGAGGUUAGGAUAGCUAGUGAAAAAGCUGGCGUCGCUCAAGAAGAUGGUCAACCAAACGGGCAAGCCCCUGGGCUAUCAAGGCAAUUGACACAGCCAAUUCGGCCGCCCGAGGAACAAGAGGGAUUGACCACUUUGGACCAUGCUGCUACGGCGCCAGAUAUGGUAACUGACCCGACAGCUCCUUCUCCAGGAUUACCGCCCCAACUUGACGGUGCGGAUAUACCUGCUCCCCCGCUUCCGCCGAGAGUCAAUACAAUUAAAGGGGAGCCCAAAUCGAAAGAAGAAAAGAGUCGAGAGAAGAAGGAAGCUAAGGCUCAGGAAAAGGCACGGAAAGUGGCAGAGAAAGAAGACCUCAAGGCUAAAGAGAAACAACGAAAAGAAGCCGAUGCACGGCUGCGUGAAGCCCGCAAAGCCGAGCAGGACGAGCUAAAGAAAGCUCUAGAGGCAAGCAAAAAGAUAGCCGAAGAAGAGGAAGCCAAGCGAAAAGAAGCAGAUGAUGACGUUCCAGCCCUACAGAGACCAAGCAGGGGUAGUAGGACUAUGUCUAGGAAGAGUUUCGGGUUCUUGAACAAGGACAAAGCGAAACGGGACAGUACGGAAAUAGCCGAAAACGGACACAAUGGCGAGAGCGCGGUACACAGCCACGACAAGCCAGAGCAGCAUUUCAAGCUUAGAAAAAGCUUCAGCUUCAGUCUUGGGCGGAAGAAGAGUCAUAAUAACCUCUCGUGAACAUUUAGCUGGAGUUUAGGGGUUUUUCUUUUCAACGGGAUAAUUACCCUCACACCUCGGCAAAAUAGCGUGACGGGUAUGGCAUAUAUGGAGUUUGGGGACAUCAAAAAAAGAAACACGAUGGUCACGGAGCAUUUACGGAUUAGCGCCAAAGCUGAAUUUUGUUUUGGGUACUCUGUAGAGCAAGGCUUACUGCUACAGUACUGGCAUUUUGAUUUCCUGCCACAUCAGGAGUCAGGCUUGUUCAUGUCACUGAAGAUAUCAUGUAUAAUACGGUCAAGACCUAAGAGUUCAUACGCGCUCGUAGUUGUAGAGGGUAGAGAAGAGAAAGCAAAAGCUUUGCUACUAUCA